UGAGGCCGAUUAUGUUAUAGGCCGAGUUUGUUAUAGUCCGAGUUUGUUAUGGGCCGAGAUAUCGGGUAGUCCAUCUGUCGAUGAACUUCAUUGCCUAAACGUACAAAUUUGUCAAGAAGAAAAUUUAUGGGUAUAAUCAUCUCAUCACACCUCCAAUACACAUUUAGAUGCAUCAGAGCAAAGCAGUGUGUAUCUUUGCAUUCAUUGUUGUGUCAAUCAACAGUGGAGUGUAUGGUUUAGAUUGGCCAUGGAAUUGGAAAAAGGAAGAUGUCACAUGCUACACCACGUGUUUGGCAGCAGUUGGUACAGGUGCAGUUGUUGCAACCCCUUUGGCAAUAUCAGCAGCAGGAUUUGGCACCGCUGGUAUUAUUGCUGGAUCUUUUGCUGCUAAAAUUAUGUCCAUGGUGGGAGUUGUGAAGGCUGGAAGCUGGUUUGCCUUUUUACAGUCGGCUGGAGUUUAUGGUGUUGGAACAACGGGUAAAAUGGUAUUAGCAUCGACUGUUUCACCAUUGUGUGCAGCUAUAUGUGGAAGUUCAGAGGAAAGACAAGAUUUAAAAUGUUACACUCAUAGAAUUGAUGGAAUGAAAGGUUUGGAUGAAUAUCUGAUACGAGCUGAACAAGUAAAGAAUAUUAAGCAGUGUGAAGAUCAAUGCAAUGAUGAUACAGCUUGCAGGGCCUUCCGAUAUCUCCCGAGAAAUAGCUUUUGCUUUUUAUACAAACUACAACAAUAUAUUGAAGACGAUAUAAGUGAAAGCCAAUUUUAUGUAAAACGUUGCAUUUUAUGUUACAUGAACGCAACGAAAAAUGCCAAAGGACGUGAUGAUGAAAUUCAAACAGUUUGGGAAGUAUCUUCUCUCAAGGAAUGUGAGAUUCAAUGUAUUAAAACUGACGACUGCGGUGCUGUUCAUUUUGAUGGACAAAGAUGUUUCAAAUUUAACACCAAAACGGAACCAAAGGAGAAUACAGGCAUUGAUUUUUCUUCAAAGAUAUGUGUAGAGUUCAGCGAUAUAGCACUUGAAUAUGAUGGUGAUAAAUACAAGAAAAAAGGAAACAGUUGAGUGCUAGUGAUUGGUGACGACUAUCAAAUUUGAAGAACAGUGAAUUAAUGAUGUAGAAAAUGUGUUGACAAGAACAAAUUGUUAUAAGGAAAAACUUAGAUAGUAUUUUAUUUAUUUGUUGUUUUGUAUUUCAAUGAAUUUCUGUUGAGCAUCCAUCUUUAUAGCGAACAAGAUUUCCAAUUUUGACUAUUUCGUAUUAAUGUUGUUGUUUUUGAAACUACGCUAAACAAAUGAUUAAGAAAUUGAGUUUUUGAGUAAUUAUUAAAUUUGUAUUUUUGUUAA